CGGGAGAGGGGGGGGCCCCAGCCCGUUCUCCGGUUCUCGCCGCCAUCCCCAGACGAUGGUGAAUGAUGAACGUGCCACACCAUGAAGCUCUUGUGGCAGGUAACUGUGCACCACCUGCGCCGCCACCGCCGCCACCGCACCUGGCCGGGGCUCCUGGCCGCCUCCCUGACCCUGCACGCCUGGCUCCUGGCCACGGCCACCGCCUCGCCCGGCCCCCAGAGCUGCCCCUCCGUCUGCUCCUGCAGUAACCAGUUCAGCAAGGUGGUGUGCACCCGCCGCGGCCUGGCCGAGGUGCCCCCCGGCAUCCCCUCCAACACCCGCUAUCUCAACCUCAUGGAGAACAACAUCCAGAUGAUCCAGGCGGACACCUUCCGCCACCUGCACCACCUGGAGGUGCUGCAGCUGGGCAGGAACGCCAUCCGGCAGAUCGAGGUGGGCGCCUUCAACGGCCUGGCCAGCCUCAACACCCUGGAGCUCUUCGACAACUGGCUGACGGUGAUCCCCAGCGGCGCCUUCGAGUACCUGUCCAAGCUGCGGGAGCUGUGGCUGCGCAACAACCCCAUCGAGAGCAUCCCCAGCUACGCCUUCAACCGCGUGCCCUCGCUCAUGCGCCUCGACCUGGGCGAGCUCAAGAAGCUCGAGUACAUCUCCGAGGGCGCCUUCGAGGGCUUGUACAACCUCAAGUACCUCAACCUGGGGAUGUGCAACAUUAAGGACAUGCCCAACCUGACGCCCUUGGUGGGCCUGGAGGAGCUGGAGAUGUCGGGCAACAACUUCCCCGAGAUCAAACCGGGCUCCUUCCACGGGCUCAAAUCCCUCAAAAAGCUCUGGAUCAUGAACUCGCAGAUCAACCUGAUCGAGCGCAACGCCUUCGACGACCUGACGGCACUGGUGGAGCUCAACCUGGCCCACAACAACCUGUCCUCGCUGCCCCACGACCUGUUCGCCCCGCUGCGCUACCUGGUGGAGCUGCACCUGCACCACAACCCCUGGGACUGCGACUGCGACAUCCUCUGGCUGUCGUGGUGGCUGCGGGAGUACAUCCCCACCAACUCCACCUGCUGCGGCCGCUGCCACGCCCCGCUGCACAUGCGGGGCCGCUUCCUGGUGGAGGUGGACCAGACCUCCUUCCAGUGCUCGGCGCCCUUCAUCAUGGACGCGCCCGCGGACCUCAACAUCUCGGAGGGGCGCGUGGCCGAGCUGCGCUGCCGGACGCCGUCCAUGUCGUCGGUGCGGUGGCUGCUGCCCAACGGGACGGUGCUGAGCCACGCCUCGAGCCACCCGCGCCUGGCCGUGCUCAACGACGGCACCCUCAACUUCUCGCACGUGCUGCUGGCCGACACCGGCCUCUACACCUGCAUGGUGACCAACGUGGCCGGCAACUCCAACGCCUCGGCCUUCCUCAACGUCAGCACGGCCGAGCUCAACACCUCCAACUACAGCUUCUUCACCACCGUCACGGUGGAGACCACCGAGAUCUCCCCCGAGGACGUGUCCCCCAAGUUCACCAAGCCCGUGCCCACCGCCUCGACGGGCUACCAGCCGGCCUACACCACCACCACCACCGUGCUGGUGCAGACCACGCGCCCGCCCAAGCAGGUGGCCGUGCCCACGGCCGACGCCGGCGACAAGCUGCAGACCAGCCUGGACGAGGUGAUGAAGACCACCAAGAUCAUCAUCGGCUGCUUCGUGGCCGUGACGCUGCUGGCCGCCGCCAUGCUCAUCGUCUUCUACAAGCUCCGCAAGCGGCACCAGCAGCGCAGCACCGUCACCGCCGCCCGCACCGUGGAGAUCAUCCAGGUGGACGAGGACAUCGCUCCGGCCGCCGCGGCCACGCCCAUCGGGGCAGCCGAGCUCUUCAUCGUCAUCAUCGUCAUCGUCAUCAUCGUCAUCAUCGUCAUCAUUGUCAUCAUCGUCAUUGUCAUCAUUAUCAUCGUCAUCAUCAUCGUCAUUGUCAUCAUCGUCAUCAUCAUUGUCAUUGUCAUCAUUGUCAUCAUCAUCAUCAUCAUCGUCAUCAUCGUCAUCAUCGUCAUCGUCAUCAUUAUCAUCGUCAUCAUCAUCAUCAUCGUCAUCAUCAUUGUCAUCGUCAUCAUCGUCAUUGUCAUUGUCAUUGUCAUCAUCGUCAUCAUC